AUGUCCGACGUCGAAGCCGCUAAGCGCGCUGCUGCUCAGACAGCUGUCGCCAACCACUACCCCAAGGAUGCCCGCUGGGUCGGUAUUGGUAGCGGCACCACCAUUGUCUACGUUGUCGAGGCUAUCAAGGCCCUCGGCGUUGAUACAAGUGCCACUCGCUACGUUCCAACCGGUUACCAGUCUCGUCAGCUAAUUAUCACCGCUGGCUUGACUGCUGUUGAGUUUGAUGCUAUCCCCGCUGGCACCGUUCUGGAUGUGGCUUUCGACGGCGCCGAUGAGGUCGAUGAUGACCUGAACUGUAUUAAGGGUGGCGGUGCUUGUCUUUUCCAGGAGAAGCUGGUUGCUAUGCAGGCUAAGGAGUUUAUUUGCGUUGCUGACUCCCGCAAGCUCCAGUCUCGUCUCCUCACUAACUGGAAAUAUAUCCCCAUCGAGGUCGCUCCCAUGGCGGCUUACCGCGUCCUGAACAAGCUUAAGGAGCUCGGUAGUGUCAAUCCUGUUAUUCGCACCAACCCCGAUGAGAAGGAGGGCCCUCGCAAGACGGAUCAGGACUUCUUCCUUAUUGAUGCUCCUUUCCCUGUCAUGCUGACCCAGUCUGAUGUCGCCGCGGGCAAGGUCUCUGGCAAGGAUGGUGUCUGGGAGGUCAACGAGCUAUCAAACAAGAUUAAGGAGAUUGUCGGUGUCCUCGAUGUUGGUAUCUUCUCCGGUUUGACCGGUCCUCAGGCUACCGCCGCCGGUGGUGUUGGCGGCCAGCGCCCUGUUGCGGCUUACUUCGGUAUGCCCGAUGGCUCUGUCUCGGUGCGCAAGGCCUCUUAA